ACUGUCCCUCCUCCGGGUGGUAACUUUACUGUCUUCGGAGCUGUCAUCUCGGAGUGUUUUGGCGGAGAUUUGAAAAUGUCCUUGAAACAAAUUUCCAGCAACAAGUGCUUUGAGGGGUACCAGAAGGUGUAUGAACAUGACAGCACGGAACUGAAAUGUAAAAUUAGAUUUGCCAUCUAUUUGCCCCCCAAAGCUGAAAGUGCAAAGUGUCCAGUUGUGUAUUGGCUUUCAGGUUUAACAUGUACAGAACAAAAUUUUAUUACAAAAGCGGCAUUUCAUCAAGCUGCAGCGGAACAUGGACUCAUAGUUGUGGCUCCUGAUACCAGCCCACGUGGAUGCAAUAUUGAAGGAGAGGAGGAGAGCUGGGAUUUUGGCACAGGAGCUGGCUUCUAUGUCAACGCCACAGAAGAUCCUUGGAAGACUAACUAUCGAAUGUACUCCUAUGUAGUAGAAGAGCUUCCCCAUCUCAUAAAUGGAAAUUUCCCAACAGACCCUGAUAGAAUUUCUAUUUUUGGACACUCCAUGGGAGGACAUGGUGCUCUAAUCUGCGCACUUAAGAACCCUGGGAAAUAUAAGACUGUUUCAGCAUUUGCACCCAUCUGUAAUCCAAUGCAAUGCCCAUGGGGUCAGAAAGCAUUUGGUGGAUACUUGGGAUCUGAAACCAGUAAAUGGGAGGCAUAUGAUGCUACUCAGCUCGUGAAGACUUACUCAGGUUCACAACUGGAUAUAUUAAUUGAUCAGGGAAAAGAUGACCAAUUCCUUGCCGCAGGGCAGCUUUUGCCAGACAACUUUAUUGCGGCCUGCACCGAACGUAAGAUCCCAGUGGUGUUCAGACUGCAAGAGGGAUAUGAUCACAGCUACUUUUUCAUUACCACAUUUAUAAAUGACCACAUGAAGCACCAUGCAAAAUACCUGCAUGCAUAGAAUUAUCAAUGAGGAGUUAUUUACUCUGAAACCUGAUCAGCGUAAGAAGCAUCACUUUUAAAUAGUAUGAUAAUACUAUAUUUGUAAUUUGCCCAUCGGUCAUUCAAUAAAAUCUGUGAUUCAAAUCUAAA